ACAGGAGUGAGUGAAUGCCUCUCCUGAUCAUAUUCUUUAUUUAUCUCUGACGCUGGAGACUAAACAGAAACUCUAGGCAAUAGAAAGAAGGAACAAUGAAAAAGAGAUUAUUUUUGUGACGUCCUUUUCCCUGUUUGCUUUUUCUUUCAUUCACAUCUUGCAAACAAAACAGAGAAAGCACGUUUCUUUCUUCUGUAUGAACCUUGUCGGUUUCAAGUAUCGAAAUAAUUCAUAGUGUGACUAUGAAAUAGCUUUUUGUUUUUAUGGCUGUGGACUUUUAUGAUAAUAAUAAUGAUAAUAAUAAUUACAAAAGAAAACACUAUCUUUACAAAAAUAAGAAAACUUUGAAAUAUCUAUCUUUGAAUGAAAUCUAAAAACAAACCACUUGACUCUAUAUAUAUUCAAAAGUAUUUUCUAAGAAGGUCUUCGGAUUAACCUUCAAAUAUAUCGUCUCAAUCACAGCUGUGAUAAAUUAAUGUUAAUAACAUUCUCUUAAAUUCUAUUUAAUCAGUUCCAGUAACCAAAAAUCAUGUACGUUUUGAGUAUGAUACGACUUGUGCAAUAUUCAGUAGUCUUUCUUGGUUUAUCUCUGUUUUUCUUUGUAAAUGAGUGCAAUGCUCGGAAACCUCAAAAAUCAAUUUACAUGUCUUACUGUCCGAAAUUUUCAUUUACUCAACUCUACAUCCGGGAUCCAAAUGAUUGCAAGGCAUUCCAUAUUUGUUUCGGGAGUAGAUCCUGGAAAAUGACUUGUCCGGGAAAUACAGUCUUUUCCUCAAAAUAUAAAGUAUGCGUGUGGUUAAACUCACCAAAAGACGACUGUAUAACACUGAAAAAGAAAACAACUUCAUUGCUACAGAGAUUUACAUUUUCUCCCACAUCGGAUACCAAAAGGUGGCGAACAUCAUCAAACAUGAAAAAAAUAACGUCCUCAUCAUCAGCGCCAACAUCAUCAACAAAAUUAUCUUCCACAGCAAAAAUAAUCACUACAACAAUAACAACAAAGUUAAAUUUAAUUACAAAGAACAAUGUAUUCAGAUCCACAUUAGGUACUCAAACUAAGAGAAUGGGUUCAAUGUUCACCAAAUUGUAUAAUCGAAAAACAACUUCGAAAUUAUACACGAAGUGGUGGCCACGGAAAAUAACAAAAUGGUGGGAAAAUAAGAAGCCUUUAACCAAAACGAAAGAAAAGUUCUCAAUGCCAACGUCGACAUUGACGGAGAUGAGAACUACAAAGAUACCAACAGGGUCAACAGCAAGGUCAACAGACGAACAGCUAAAAAUAAAGACUACAACCAACACAUUCUUCAAAAAAGAAACAGAACGCUGUGGAGAGAUAAUAAAUACCGCAUAUAUCAUCGGUGGUCAGCCUAGCAUGCCAGGACGAUGGCCUUGGCAAGUGUCAUUACAAAUAAUAUCAGCUGGUCAACCGUGGCACAGAUGUGGAGGAGUUCUAGUUCAUCCACUGUGGAUAGUCACUGCUGCUCAUUGUGUGGAAGGGCCAUUUUAUGGCAAUUUGAAAAACUGGCGAGUCGUCUUGGCUGAGGGAAACUUAGAGGUGAAAAGUGGGUCUGAAGUUUAUCGCAAACUAUCAAGAAUUAUCAGUCAUCCCGGUUACGAACGGGCCAGCAACUUCCCGAAUGAUAUUGCAAUGUUACAACUUGAUGAACCAGUUAAUACUUACGAUACUAACAUUCGGAUGGCUUGUUUACCGCCAUUAGAGACAACUCAGUUAUUCAAAGAAAAGAAUUGCUGGAUCAGUGGCUGGGGUGAAACUAGAGGAAGUGGUGAAACGAAUGGGUUGAACGAAUUACAAGUCAACAUUGUACCGAACGGAGCGUGUAAAUCCAUGUGGGGCCGAGUGGAUAUCAGCGUUUUAGACCAACAAGUGUGUGUUGGAUACGGAGACACCGGCGCUUGCUACGGCGAUUCUGGUGGUCCUUUAAUGUGUGAAGUGAAUGGAACUUACUAUCUCGGCGGUGUCAUGUCCUGGCUCAUCAACAACUGUUCAGCAAGAGGUUUCCCCAACGUAUUUACUCGCGUACAAAGUUACUUGGACUGGAUACAUGGUAACAUUGAUUACUAUCACUGGUGGCGCUACAGUUAGACACCGGUAUUUCUAGAACAUAGCGACUUAUGAAAUUUAAAACAGAUUAAAGUAAAACAUUGAAUACAGUAGUGUUAACAUGUAACAAACCAAAUACUACCACUGUUGUAUCAAAGAUAUAUUUAUAUGACAAUAAGCGUAUAUAUAUGUAUAUGUUGUGGUGAUUGAAAUCUUUCACGAACAACUGCAGUUUACAUAUUGCUCUUUGGGGACAAAGAGACAGUAAACAACAAAAACAAUCAGUUAAAAUUGAAAUGAAAAUUUUCAAAAGAAAAUAAUGCAAAAAAUUGGAUGGACGGUGAUUGAAAUAUUGUGAUAAAAAAAUAUUAUUGAAGUUUAAUGAAGACUUAUCGAUUUCUAAUCGAAAAAAAUUGUUACUUGAAGUGUAUUUUGUAAAAAUGAAAUAGUACAACGUUUUUAAAAAAUUAUAUCAAAUAUGCACCAUAUCGUUGUAUUAAAAAAAUACUUGAAAUGCUAUAUAUAUUGUACACACACAUUGCACAUAACUAAAGUCGAUGUGUUACAGACAGCGCAAAAAUAUAUUUAUUCUUAAAUAAUCAAGAGAUGGCAAAUAUAAUGAAGCUGCCACUUAAAGCAUUUUAAGCAUAAGUUGGAAUUAUUUCACUGUGUGAGACACAUGUAAAUAUUACGAAACCAGUGGAGUGUUGGUAGAUAAUUAAUCAAACUAACAUCAAAGAUUUUAGUUUGAUCUAUCAACACAAACAUGCAUUUUUGUUCUUACAGUAAUCAGGCUUUCAAUUUGUAUAUGUGCACGUCUUUGACGAUAUAAGAAUUCAACAGUACAAAAAAAAAUGAUUUUAUAUUUAUACGUGGGCAUGAGCGUGUAUGAAUACGCAUAUGUGUGAUUUUCAAAUGCAUUCCUAAAUUUAAGUAUUCUUAAUAAUUUAGUGAAUAGAAUAUGUUCAAAGAAUGAUUAUUCAUUAUUUGCAUUCCAAUUUUUUUCCUUCUUUCUAUAACUUAAGUCUCUUGAACUCUAUUUUUUUAAAAAUCCCAACCGUUCUGCAUUUCAUCCUCUAAUUAUCUUUAUAAAUGAAUUUUCUCUACUUUCUAUUUUUCAUCUCUCCAUCCUUCCUUCUCUCUCUCUCUCUCCCUCUCUCUAUCUCUCUCCCUCUCUCUCUCUCUCACUAUCU